UGUAGUCAACUUCAAUGUUUGAAGACGACGAACAGCGGUACCUGACAGAAAAUGGCGGACUCCGAGUGUGGGGAUCAUUUCUUUCGGCUCCAAGCUGCGUUUUAAAAAAAAAACAUUCCUACGUCUGAGCGUACGCUGCUGCGUUUUAAGCGGAGACCAAACAAUGUUCAAAAAGGCGAAACGAGCUAACUUUCGACGGAGGAAUGAGUCCGACGAGGACGAGCCGGAGGAGGGUCGGCAGCAGCAGCAGCAGCAGCAGCAGCCGCCGCUGCUGGCGCCGACGUCGUUCGGGCCUGUGGUGGAGGAAAUCCCGUUCAUGGAGACGUCCAGUUACAGCGUUACCGGAGCACCUAUGAGCACGGACAGCUACCAUAGCAACGGCUUUCAGGCUAAUGUUAACAGCAUGAGAGCUGUCAAGAAAGAAAAGAAAGUCAAAGACGUAGCUCCGGUGUGUGCACCCACCAAAGCCAGUCUGCUGAGCUUCGACGAUGAUGAAGAAGGCUCCGAGGUGUUCCGAGUGAAGAAGUCCAACCACAGCAAGAAGAUCGUCAAACAGCUGAAGAAGGAAUACAAGGAGGAUCUGGAGAAGUCCGGACACGUCAAACAGGAAAUCAAAUCAGACGCUCCGCCUCAGCCUGCGUUCGCCAUCAAAGAGGAAGUCACGAGCACAGCGGGUAGCGAACAGGGCGAGGAAGAAAUGGAGGUGGACAGCACGGAUGAGCAGGAGGAAGAGGCGAGGAGUCACGGUGGCCAGGCGCAUGGUCAAGUCUCCAAGAGCAACAACAGCGGAGCGACAUUCAACACGCUUUCCUCCCUCGGCAGCCUGAGACCAGGUGAGAUCCCUGAUGCCGCGUUCAUCCACGCUGCCAGAAAGCGCAGGCAACUGGCUAGAGAGCUGGGGGGCGAGGCCCCUCUGGUAGAGACGGAGACUCCUAAGAAACGUCUGAUCGGAGAAGACCAAGAUGCCAGCGACGACGAAGACGAGGAAGAGAAGAGGAUCCGCUUCAGCGGAGUCAAGAACAAAAGCCAGAGACAAAAGAUAGCCGAGGAGAUAGGUAUUGAGGGGAGUGAUGAUGAGGCACUGGAUACAGGUCAGGAUGAGGAGGUGAGCCGGUGGGAGCAGGAGCAGAUCAGGAAAGGAAUCAGCAUACCCCAGGUCCAAAGCAACCAGCCAGAAGACAACACGGUCUACUACCAGAACAGCUACGAGAGCCAGCCCUACGGCUCCUCCUACAGCAUGCCGUUCACCUACAGCACCGUGACCCCACAGACCAGCAAACCUGCCGGCCGGGCAGACAACGGUUCUGUUCACUACGGGGCCCCCAUUAGCGAUCUAACCCCGGUAUCCAUUGAUCUGGUAAAGAAACGCCUGCAGGAUAGGCUCGGCCAAAUGCACGCCAGCCACAACGCAAACGCCAAGCGCUACAAACAGAUCGAAGAAGACCUAGCUGCCUCCGAGAGCACCAUACAGCAGCUGGAGGGCUCGUCCAAUGACAAUGCAGAUCAAUAUAAAUUCUUGCAAGAGAUGCGAGGGUAUGUUGGAGACUUGCUUGAGUGUUUCAGUGAAAAGGUGCCUGCUGUCCUGGAGCUGGAGGCUGCCAUGCACCAGUUACUAAGGCAACGGGCCUCACGACUUGUCCAGAGAAGACAGGAUGAUAUUAAAGAUGAAUCGUCGGAGUUUGCAAGCCUUUCAAAUAAAGCUGUCAUGGCUCCUAAUCUAGACUCAUUUGGUCGAGACCGUGCAGCAUACCAAGAGCACAGUCGUCAGAGGAGGAUAGCAGAGAGAGAGGCGCGACGAACCCGCCGGCGACAAGCUCGAGAACAGAACGGAAAGAGGGCUGAGCAUAACGAAGGCUUAUCAUCCGACGACGAGGAAACAUCUACUGACAUCACCAGCUUCAACAUGGAGAGAGAUCGCAUCAUCAGAGAAUGUAAGAAAGUAUUUGAAGACGUGGUGGAGGAUUUUCAUUCCCUGGACUGCAUCAAAUCACACUUUGAAGUGUGGAGGAGAGAGUACGCCGACUGCUACAGAGAUGCUUACAUAGGCCUCUGUCUGCCCAGACUCUUUAACCCUUUAGUCCGUCUGCAGCUGAUAACGUGGAACCCUCUUCAGGGACAGUGUGAAAACUUUGAGUACAUGCUGUGGUUCGAGUCGCUGUUGUUUUACGGCUUCGAGGAGCACAGCACCCUGCAGAAGGGAGAUGGAGACAUCAGCCUGCUGCCUGCUAUCGUCGAGAAGGUCAUCCUUUCCAAACUGACAGUGUUGGCAGAGCAAGUGUGGGAUCCGCUGUCAAGCAGUCAGACAGCCAGUCUGGUGGGCUUCAUUCACAGACUAAUGAAAGGUUACCCCACUGUGCUGCAUGGAGACAACAGAUACACACAGGAACUCUUGAAAAUGAUAGUCUUAAGGACCAGGCGGACUCUGGAUGAAGAUGUCUUCCUCCCACUCUACCCCAAAAUUGUGUUGGAGAACAAGAACAGCGGCCCGUACUUGUUCUACCAAAGGCAGUUCUGGUCCUGUGUGAAGCUGCUGGGAAACAUCCUGCAGUGGGAAGGGAUCUUGUCCAAUUCCUGUCUGAGGGAUCUGGCUCUGGACAGCACUCUGAAUAGAUACAUCCUCUCUGCACUGCAGACCACAGAUACCGGGGAGGACAAUAUUCCAAAGUGCCAUAAGGUGGUGGAGUGUAUACCGGUGCACUGGUUCUCCGGGCUGAAGGGCCAACAGACGUUGCCUCAGUUGGAGCCGUUCUGCCGCUACCUCACCCACCUGGCCAACUCAUUGCACCGCAGCAGUUUUGGCGCGCCUGAUGUGGAACGGCGCACUGCCAAGGAUCAAAUCAAAGAGGUUGUGAGGAUGCUGGGCCACAUGAACGCCCUGGACCACAUCAUCACCGUGGCAGCAGAGCUUGGCAUCAAAGACAUCAAGCCGCUUUUAGAAGCCAAGUCUUGAGGAGGACACGGCAACGGCAACUUUUUAAUUCACCUUUCGUUACGCUCGGCACAUUUGAAGCCGCCGGAUCACUAAGUUUGAAUCCCGGAAAAAAGGUGUGGUGAAUAAAACUCAACAUUUGUUACCUUUUUUCUGAAAAGUGAAGGUAAAAAAAGAAAAGUGUAAAUAUUGUGAAUAAUGUAUAGAACAGUGUGCUCAUACACAGGACUGAUGCUGAAAACGAGGCCUUGUAUUGUCAGCUCAAAACAACCACUCCGUUACAUGUGUUGGCAACAAUUUAAAUGUAUAAUUUAUUGAGUGAAUUGUUGGAUUACUGGCAUCUGUGUGCAAAACGUGUGAUCUCUACACUGACACUGUCUGUUUUAACCUGGAUAUCUGUAAAAAAAA